AUGGCGAAGAAAACGUAUGACCUGCUCUUCAAGCUGCUCCUGAUCGGAGACUCCGGUGUGGGUAAGACCUGCGUGCUGUUUCGCUUCUCCGACGACGCCUUCAACACGACGUUCAUCUCCACCAUAGGAAUCGAUUUUAAGAUCAAAACAGUUGAAUUACAAGGAAAGAAGAUAAAGCUACAGAUAUGGGAUACGGCAGGCCAGGAGCGGUUCCAUACCAUCACCACCUCGUACUACCGGGGAGCCAUGGGAAUUAUGCUCGUCUACGACAUCAGCAACGCCAAAAGCUUCGAGAACAUCAGCAAGUGGCUGCGGAACAUCGACGAGCAUGCCAAUGAGGACGUGGAAAGAAUGCUGCUAGGCAACAAGUGCGAUAUGGAGGACAAGCGGGUCGUACCAAAGGCUAAGGGGGAACAGAUUGCCAAAGAACAUGGAAUCCGCUUCUUUGAAACAAGUGCAAAAGCCAACAUCAACAUCGAGAAGGCCUUCCUCACGUUAGCAGAAGAUAUUCUCAGAAAGACACCCGUAAAAGAGCCCAACAAUGAAAACGUUGACAUCAGCACUGGAGGCGGAGUCACGGGAUGGAAGAACAAGUGUUGCAGCUGAACAGCCUCUCUCUCUCUCUCUCGGACACACACACACACUCACACGCGCGCGCGCACACACACGCUUACCAAGUUUCUCUUGGUCUCUCUCACACGUUUCUUCCUACAUCGUAUCUUUCUUCCGUCACUCACGUUUCUGCAGUGUCACUCGCUCUUGCGCGCUCUCUCGCGCACUCUCUCGCGCUCUCUAACCCUUUUCUUGUUCUUCCACUCACAUUGCUGCCAAUAUCAUUUUUAUUUCUGGGGGGGGGGGGACCCAAAUGGAACGUGCAGAUAAACGGAAAACUCACAUCAUGUUUCUUGUCAUUUAUUUUAAACUAGGAAAGGAGGGAGGGGAAAACACACACACAAGCUCUCUUUUGCCACUACAUGUUGAACUAAAGGACCACCGGCGUCUGCGGGCGAGGGGGGCAUGUCCCCGUGGCGCGUGGAAUGGGGUCUGUGUGGGUGGGCAGGCUGAGCAGUGAGUAGCGAGAUGGGGCUGUUUUUGUUGUUUGUUUUUGUUUUUUGGGUUUGUUUUCUUUUUUCUUUUUUUUUUUUUUUUUGUCUGGUGCCUUAACAUGAAGCCAAAAGGCUUAACCUCUCAUUCAGCCUUCACACACUCAAACACACACACACACACCCCAUCACCUCUCUGAAGAUUAAACUCAUCCUUCUUUUUCUGAGCUCCACAUCUCCCCUCUACAGGCCUGUUUGAACUGAAGAGAUUCUCCCCCCAAUCAUCAUUUUUAAAGUUUUUUUGGUUUCUUUUUGAUCUGACGUGUUUUUCCACCUUUCCUCCGGGCGGUGGCCCCAGCCGCAUUUCUCAACACCCGCUUGCCUGUGGUCUCUGGGAUGGAGCUGGUCCUGCGUAGGUGGGCGCAACAGCGCCCCCUGAGGGUGGGAUGAGGGGUUCGCACCUCUGUGGAAAUUGAAGCAGUUUUGCAGAUCCCUAAAAAAAAAAAAGCUUGUUGGUUACACGUUUGUUCCCUUUUAAUUUUGGGCUAGCAAAAGAAAAAAAUUAAAACCGCGGGGUGGGGACAUCCUCAACUGCGUACACUGUAUUUGAAGUAUUUCUUUAAAAAGUGAGUAUUUAGAAUUUUAGCUGAGGUUUUAACAGGUUUAGUGUUAUGGUUCGGCUGUUGUCGCCCCCUGGUGGUCAGCAAAAUGCACCAGAAAGAAAGGAGCGGUUCUGUAAAAACUAUUGUAAAGAACCCUCUCUUGCUGGGUGAUGACUGACAGAAGAGCGUAGGAGUCAUGAAUUUCAUUUUUUAAAAAAUAUAUGUGUAACUGCUAAUUACGUGCUUUGCUAGGACUUCAGAACGUAACUUAAAAUUAGGAGGAAAAACAAUGUUUUUUUUUUUUAUUAUUAAAUGCCCAAUAAAAGUACAAAUGUUUUUGAA